AUGUUUAAAGCAGAUUUCGAAAAGGCGUAUGAUUCGGUGGAUUGGAAGUUUCUAGAUGUUACAAUUGAAAGAAUUGGGUUCGAUAUGAAAAGAGGCUUGAGGCAAUGGGAUCAUAUAUCUCCCUUCCUCUUUGUGUUGGUAGCAGAAGGUCUUAAUGUGAUGAUGGUUAAAAGCAUACAGAUGAAUCUUUUUGAUGAGUAUGAGGUUGGCAAAGAAGGGGUGAAGGUGUCACCUAUUCAAUAUGUCGACAACACUAUAAUAGUGUGA